UGUGGGCCGCCGGCCCGCUCGAGUCUGCAUGAGCCCUGUUCAGGGUCCGCCCUGAGGCCCUGGGCUUGUGCUUGGGACCCUCCAGUCCUCGCCCCACCUGCAGCUAUGGCUGCUCUUUUUGCAGCUCCCAGGGCUCCCCCAGGACCUGCAGGCAGCACCCGGCUUUGUGCUGCUUAUUCAGCUGCUGCCAACCUACUGUGCGACCCCGACCUUCAGGCCCGCCCCCCACCUGAGUCAUGAUCGAGGCCCGCAGGGACAGCUCGAGCAGUCUGCAGCGCAAGAAGCCGCCCUGGCUGAAGCUGGACAUCCCGGCCCUGGUGCCCCCGGCCGUAGAGGAACCCGGCUUCCUACAGCCCUUGAGGCGGCAGGCUUUCCUGAGGAGUGCGAGCAUGCCAGUGGAGACCGCUCACGCCCCUUCGCCUCAUCGCGAGCCCCGGCGGCCAGCGCUGCAGCGCCAGGCGUCCAUCACACAGACCAUCCGCAGGGGGACAGCUGACUGGUUCGGGGUGAGCAAGGACAGUGACAGCACACAGAAAGCGCUACGGGAAGCUGAAGCCCCAGGUCAUCCGGGAACUGGACCUGCCGAGCCAGGACAAUGUGUCACUGACCAGCACCGAGACGCCACCCCCGCUGUACGUGGGGCCGUGCCAGCUGGGCAUGCAGCGGAUCAUAGACCCCCUGGCCCGUGGCCGGGCCUUCCGCAUGGCUGAGGACACUGCUGAUGGCCUGAGCGCCCCGCACACGCCUGUCACGCCAGGCGCUGCCUCCCUCUGCUCCUUCUCCAGCUCCCGCUCAGGUUUCAACCGGCUCCCGCGGCGGCGCAAGCGCGAGUCGGUGGCCAAGAUGAGCUUCCGAGCAGCCGCAGCCCUGGUCAAAGGCCGCUCCACUCGGGACGGCACGUCCUGCCGGGUGCAGCGCCGGAGCUUUACCCCUGCCAGCUUCCUGGAGGAGGACACGGCAGACUUCCCUGACGAGCUCGACACUUCCUUCUUUGCCCGGGAAGGUGUCCUCCAUGAGGAGUUGUCCACGUACCCGGACGAGGUGUUUGAGUCUCCGUCGGAGGCGGCACUCGAGUGGGAGAAAGCCCCGGAGCAGGCGGACCUCACGGGGGGCGCCCUGGCCCGCAGCGAGCUGGAGCGCAGCCACCUGCUGCUGCCCCUGGAACGAGGUUGGCGGAAGCCGAAGGAGGGCUGCACCCCUCAGCCCAAGGUGCGCCUUCGACAGGAGGUGGUGAGCACCACGGGGCCGCGGCGGGGCCAGCGUAUCACGGUGCCUGUUCGCAAGCUCUUUGCCAGGGAGAAGCGGCCUUACGGGCUGGGCAUGGUGGGCAGGCUCACCAACCGCACCUACCGCAAGCGCAUCGACAGCUACGUCAGGCGCCAGAUCGAGGACAUGGAUGACCACAGGCCCUUCUUCACCUACUGGUUGACCUUCGUGCACUCGCUUGUCACCGUCCUGGCUGUGUGCAUCUACGGCAUUGCGCCUGUGGGCUUCUCGCAGCACGAGACGGUGGACUCGGUGCUCCGUAACCGGGGGGCCUAUGAGAACGUGAAGUACGUGCAGCAGGAGAACUUCUGGAUCGGCCCGAGCUCGGAGGCCCUCAUCCACCUGGGCGCCAAGUUCUCGCCCUGCAUGCGCCAGGACCCGCAGGUGCACAACUCCAUCCGCACGGCUCGCGAGCGUGAGAGACACUCGGCCUGCUGUGUGCGCAACGACCGGUCGGGCUGCGUGCAGACCUCAGAGGAGGAGUGCUCGUCCACACUGGCCGUGUGGGUGAAGUGGCCCGCCCACCCCAGCACCCCAGACCUGGCUGGCCACAAGAGGCAGUUCGGCUCUGUCUGCCACCAGGACCCCAGGGUGUGUGAUGAGCCCUCCUCUGAGGACCCGCAUGAGUGGCCUGAAGACAUCACCAAGUGGCCGAUCUGCACCAAGAGCAGUGCUGGGAACCACACCAACCACCCGCACAUGGACUGCGUCAUCACGGGCCGGCCCUGCUGCAUUGGCACCAAGGGCAGGUGUGAGAUCACUUCCCGAGAAUACUGUGACUUCAUGAGGGGGUACUUCCACGAGGAGGCCACGCUCUGCUCUCAGGUGCACUGCAUGGACGACGUGUGUGGGCUCCUGCCUUUCCUCAACCCGGAGGUGCCUGACCAGUUCUACCGCCUGUGGCUGUCCCUCUUCCUGCAUGCUGGGGUCCUGCACUGCUUGGUAUCUGUCUGCUUCCAGAUGACCGUCCUGCGUGACCUGGAGAAGCUGGCCGGCUGGCACCGCAUUGCCAUCAUCUACCUGCUGAGCGGUGUCACUGGCAACCUGGCCAGCGCCAUCUUCCUGCCAUACCGGGCAGAGGUAGGCCCGGCCGGCUCCCAGUUUGGUAUCCUGGCCUGCCUCUUCGUGGAGCUCUUCCAGAGCUGGCAGGUCCUGGCGCGGCCCUGGCGGGCCUUCUUCAAGCUGCUGGCCGUGGUGCUCUCCCUCUUCGCCUUCGGGCUGCUGCCCUGGAUUGAUAACUUCGCCCACAUCUCCGGCUUCAUCAGCGGCCUCUUCCUCUCCUUUGCCUUCCUGCCCUACAUCAGCUUCGGCAAGUUCGACCUGUACCGCAAACGCUGCCAGAUAAUCGUCUUUCAGGUGGUCUUUCUGUGCCUCCUGGCUGGCCUGGUGGUCCUCUUCUACUUCUCUCCCGUCCGCUGUGAGUGGUGUGAGCUCCUCACCUGCAUACCCUUCACCGACAAGUUCUGCGAGAAGUACGAGCUGGACGCUCAGCUACACUGAGCGGCUGUGGCCAGGGCCAGGCUGCACAGCCAGGCAGGCACAGCCACCUGGCCCCCACGCCUUGCCUGCUCCACGCAGAGACUCACGUGUCCUGAACACAGGGCCAGGAAGGCACAGCUACCCGGCCCCCACGUCUCGCCUGCUCCACACGGGGAUUCAUGUGUUGUGAACACAGUCAGGCAGGGAUGUCCUUAGGCCCCACGUCUUUGCCUACUCCAUGUGGGGACUCCCAUGUCCUGGACACAGAACCAGGCAGGUGUGGCUGCCUUGGCCCUCAGGCCUCUGCCUGCUCCAUGUAGGGCCGCUCAUGCCUUAUUCAUGUGUGUUGAGGACUCCGCAGGGCCUUGUGUGCCCAGAACACAGGCCUCUCGUGUGUCUUGUCUGUUGAACCCCUUGUCCCAUGGGCAUUUAGGACACUUUCCCUGUGAUUACCCCCCAGCUAGUCUCUUGACGACCACCUCACGUGGCCAAUAAAUGGACUGGGAGCGUUUUAGCUGCCACUAACUCAAUCGGGGCCACUGCCUCCUUCCAGUUUCUGGGGCUGUGGAGGGAUUUCCUGCACCCCUCAGAACCAGGGGUGAAUGGUGGAAGUGAGCACAGGCUCUCCACUCCCAGUGACAUCCCUUAGCCAGGUGUGUCCUCUGCUCCCUCCCGUGGACUAAGAGCCAAGGCUGGGACAAGGGCCUGCUGGGUGUCAUCUGACCCUCCCCACAUCAUGCACACAUGGGAAGCACUCCCUCAACCCCUCUAACUUUGCCACCUGCUACCUCUCCCCACCCCUUGUCUGGUAAAGGCACCUGCAGGUGAACCCUGUGGGCCAAGGCUGCCUCACUGGAGGCCCUGGCGUCCCACGUGAGGGAUGGAUGACAGCCGCCCUGCCUACCCUGGUAUGGGGAGUGGUGUGGCCACUGGCUCAGGUGUGGCAUCUCGGCUUUUAGGACUUACCUGCCCCUGCUCUUACCCGCCCGGUCAUUGGGCAGACCCAGUCCCUUCUAUGCAGUGCUGUGGCAGCAAACAGGUUUAUUCUGUGCACAGGCUCAGGCUGACAGCUGUACGGGACAACCCCAGGACUGGUGCAUCUAGGCCCAGGGAGAGGUGGGGUCCAGGCCUA